GUCGCUCAGCUGUAAAAUCAACAGUAGCAGACAGUGUGGUGCGUCUAUUUGCUUAGAAGGAGAAGAAGCGUGGAUUUCUGUCAAGCAAAUGUCAACCUUCCAGAGAGAAAAUGAAGCUGCUAAAUCUCUGUUCAGAAGGCUCGAGUCCGCAGUUACUCCUAUCGUAUCCGGGGAGUACAGUCAUCACCGGGACAGAGCGGCGAUGGCAUCCCGGGUCUCCUUCACCCAGGUCCGGCUGGAAGCGGAGCUGGAGCGCUACCGGGCUGAGUGCCAGUGGGACAAGAUGCCGCUGAUCGUGGAACAGAUGCAGGCGGCGCGGAUCCACGAGGACGAUGACUACGCCACGCUGCUGAUGGCCGAGGCGCUGCUGGAGGAGUGCCUGCUGGAGAACGUGGAGCUGUUACGCAGCUCCACGCCUCUGGUGGACUCGGCCCAGCCCAAGCUGUGCAGAGCCAAAAGCCACCUGAACACCGUCCUGAGCCGCGGGCUUCUAACGCCCAGGUAUUUGAAUGAGGCUCUGCUGCUGAUGGCCAAAGUGUACUACGUUCAAGGUCGCUACUGCGAUGCUCAGGGCAUGUGCGCCAGGGUGGGCCUGGACGAGCUGACACAGGACGACCAGCCCACCUACCACCUGCGCCUGCUGGCGGAGGCCUUCGCCAUUAAAGGUCUGUCUCUGGACCACCAGACUAUUUCUGCGGUGUCUCGCGUUCGGCUCUCAGAGCGGGAGGAGGAGAGUCUGUCCUGUUACCUCAGGUCCUGUGACGCUGCCCUGUCGUUUCUGCAGGAGCUUGACAAGAUGGUGACGACGCCUCACGCCAAGACAGCCAAAACCAGCCUGCUGCCUCCAGCUGCAGACAUCGACCUGAGCUACUUCCUGCAGGCUGCGUUACAGAGUGCCUACCUCUGUCUCCUGCAAAGGGGUCAUCUUGCACAGGGUGCUCACCAGCUGCGCCGGGUGCUGAGGGUGGUGGAGUCACGAGGGUCUCAGAGCAUCAGGAAGUCGGCAGCCAAGAAGCUGGCAGAGGUGCUGUUGUCCUCAGUGAGCGAGGACAGCUACUGGCCCCCGCUCGGCCCCCCGCCCUCAGCCUGGCUCCACAGGGAGGGCACGGCCGCCUCCAAGGACGCCGUCUACCCCACCGUCAAACCCCCACAGCGCUACAGCACCCACGGUUGCUUCUGUCCUCAGGACGUGGUGGAAGAGGCCGUGCUGCUGCUGCUCAUCACAGAAUCUAUGACCAGCAGCGAGGCCGUGAUCAGCCGUCAACCGGACCAGGCUGAGUCUCGCCACUCCAGCCUGCAGGAUGCCACCUCCGUCUACGACCUGCUCACCAUCAGCAUGGCCAGAAGGGGGCAGUACGCCAUGCUGUCAGAGUGUCUGGAACGAGCCAUGAAGUUCUCAUUCAACGAGUUCCACCUUUGGCACCAGCUUGGCCUGUCGCUGAUGGCGUCUGGGAAGGGCGUUGGUGCUGUGUCUGUGUUUAAAGAGUGUGCGAGGAUGAGACCGGAGGACCCGUCUCUGCCGCUCAUGGCGGCUAAAGUCUGCAUUGAUGACCUGCACUGGUUUGACGAGGCCGAGGCUCUGUCCCUGUCGGUGGUGUCUAUGGGGGAGGAAGCUGGAGAGUUUCUGCCCAGGGCGUAUCUGGCUCUGGGGCUGAGCUGCAGUCUGCAGGCUUCUGAAGCCAGUCUGAAAGCGGACCGGAACCAACUGAACAAAAAAGCACUGCAAGCGCUGAGCAAGGCUCACGCUCUGGACCCCCAGGAUGCUGAGAUGGCCAUGUACCUGGCCCUGCAGCUAGCACUGGUGCGCCAGGUGUCCGCGGCCAUGGAGCCUCUGCAGGCGGCUCUGUCGCUCCGUAGCGAUGACCUGCACUCCCUCCACCUGCUCGCCCUGCUCCUCAGCGCCCAGAAGCACCACCGGCACGCCCUGGACACCCUGUGCCUGGCCCUCGGACAGCACCCUGACAAUUUCAACUUGCUCUUUACUAAGGUGAAGCUUGAAGAGGCGCUGUUCGGCCCGUCCACAGCCCUGCAGACCUGUGAGGAGAUGCUGCAACGUUGGCAAAGCCGCUACGACGUGAGCCGCUCCAGCGAGACGGACGACAGCAGCAGUAUUCCAAUGGCUGAGAGGACGGAGGUCAGUCCAGGAGGCAGGAAACCCUCCAUCCAUCUCACCCUGCCCGAUUUCCAGGACACCUCCACGGGCUCUCUCAGCCCGCCGUCGGUGGCGGCGUCUCGCCUGGAGGCGGCGCUGUCCGAGGUGUCAGACUUCAGCUCCAUUCGCCGCCAAGGACCCACCUACAUCUGGGCCACGCUGGAGCGCAUUUGGCUGCAGGCUGGAGAGCUGUUCAUGGCAGACGGUCGGCUGAAGGAGGCCCAGUUCUGCGUGGCUGAGGCCAGCGCCCUCUUCCCCAACUCCCACUCGGUGCUGCUGCAGCGAGGCCGCCUCGCUGAGCUGCGGGGCCACGUGGACGAGGCCAAGAGCCUGUACGACGAGGCCCUGGCCAUCCAUCCCACCGGAGAGCGCAUCCUGGUCAACAUGGGCCUCCUGCUGGUAAACACAGGCCGCGUCCACCUCGGGGAGAAGAUCCUGCGUGACGCGGUCCAGGUCCACAGCACCUCCCACAGGGCGUGGAGCGGCCUGGGCGAGGCCCUGCAGUCCCGGGGCUCCAGCCAGGCACCCGACUGCUUCCUGACGGCCCUGGAGCUGGAGGCCACUUGCCCCAUCAGACCCUUUACAAUAAUACCUAGGGAGCUGUGAGUGUAGUUAGUGGAUGCUUUUACAGGUAUGCUCAAACGAUUAAACACCUGACUGGCAAAAAAGACUUAAAUUAAGCAUUUUCAAAGCAUCAGUAGAUUAUUUUAUAGCCGGUUUUAAUGGAUUUUCAAACUUUAUAAGAUACAGGUAUCGUCAUAACCUCUAUGAUUGGCGUUAUGUGUACAAUGUGUACAGUAACAGAGGCUUUUGACAUUAAAAUGCAAUUUUAUAAGUAAGUUUCACCUUAAGUUAAAUUCCCCUAUCUUAACUGAAUAUUAGGAUAAGUGAGCUCACACGGUCAGUCGUGGUAAGCUACAGCUGGGAUCUAUUACCUUAAAAGAAUCAGCUGACACGAAGACCAGAAUCAAAGAUCUCUGCAGAUAAUCGAGGUUCUUAUAGAACAGAUAUGAAGCUAUAGCUUAAAUAUUUGUAUAAAACUACAGCUAUUGUGAAUAAUCACUGGGCGUCACUGAGAUGUGCUGGUUACAUCUGGAGAUGGAUUAAGUCUAUAGGUUCACCAGCCACAGUAACUACAGUUUUAUUUUAUUGUGUUGGUUUUUGACCAUUGUGUUGCUUGAACAAGCUUUUAUGUGCGUACGCGACCUCGUCCUUGAGACGGGGGGUUCGUUUAUGACUUGUGACCUUGUCUGUGUGUCUCCAUGCAACGACCAGUUCCUGUGUCGUCAUACUGUAUACGUAUGUUUGUUUCCCACCAACCCUCCAUCUUCCUUUUUGUCUAGUACAGUACAGGACGUGACUGGUCCACUAAUAAAUCUGUGUUGUCGUCUUUGUCGCUCA